GCUAAAUCAAUACAUAACCAAAGGGUCAAUGUCUGAAGACGGUCAGAACCUUCCGAACCAUCAGCGUUUCCCAUCUGCCACUCCUUCGGUCAAAGAGCUGGAGCAUAUUUUGGACAGCUGCAGGAUGGAAUUAAAUCAUGUGGAUGAAGUGUGGCCUAACCUGUAUUUAGGUGAUAUCUUGAUUGCACAUGACAAAGAAGAACUGAGGAAACUUGGCAUCACCCAUGUACUGAAUGCGGCACAUUCCACAUGGGAAAGUAAAGGAGAUCAAGCCUUCUAUGGCCAGGAAAUCCAUUAUUGUGGAAUAGCUGCAGAAGAUUCAACUGAUUUUAACCUGCGUGAGCAUUUCUACCCUGCCUCAGAGUACAUUAAUAACGCACUGAGUGCUCUGAACGGAAAGAUCUUAGUUCACUGUGUUGUUGGUAAAAGCAGAUCCGCCACCUUGGUGCUGGCUUACCUUAUGAUCUACCAUCACUUCUCACUGACUGAUGCUGUCCAAUGUGUCAUCCAGCACCGAGCCAUUUCACCAAACCGAGGGUUCCUGAAACAGCUACACGACCUAGAUGUUGAAUUGCGAGACAGGACAAACCUGUGUGAGCUCUUAUAAUAUGGGGGGAAGAAAAAAGAUCAAUAGUGACUACAAAAUAUGAAGUGCCACACAGUGUUAAAGGAAGUAAAAAGAUUAAAUGAAUCUGAACCAAAAUUCUAGUACCAAGCCUACCCCUCUCCAAAAUUUUAUGAUGGGGGAUCUCAUAAUCUGAACUUGGAUCUGGCUCUGAAUUUCACAUCUUAUCUCCCCUCUCCCUCAAACUGGCUUAACUCUAACCUUGAUCUGAAUAAUACUGAUCUUUGGGAUAAUUGUCACCUAUUGAGUCUCCAUUUGUAUCUGCUGCUCUUCUGGGAUUGAUCCCAUAUUUCGCAGUAAUCCUGGCUGAAGAGAACCUGCAACAACCCUAAUUCUUGGUCAGGUGCAGUUUGCUUUAGCUGAUAUUAGAGAUGGGUGGCUCUCCUCUCAUGGAGUUUGAGGAUGUGCCACUUUGUGUGUGUGUGUGUGUGUGUGUG